AUGACGGAGGGGAUAGAAACUCUCGGUUCUCUCAACGGCGAUUUCGGCUUCACCGGCUCCAGCGAUCGACGAUUCGCCUUUUCACGCCAACCUUCUUUCCAACAAUCCCGCACACCGAUUUCCACUGAUUCAACCGACUUGAGUUUCAGAAAACCCUUUCUUUCACGAACUGAUUCCAGCAUAGACAUCCCCUCUUCUGGACCGUACCAUCACUACUGGUCCGGCCAUGACGAUAAACCUUCCGGCUCACCGCGAAAACAGUCGUUUUUGUCAUUUGUUUUCUCCUUUUUUCGAAAUGUUAAGGCUGGUCAUAGGUAUAUGAAGAGAUUGUUCUUUAUGAUCUCGCUUAAUGUUGCUUACUCUACUGUUGAGUUGCUCAUCGGCCUCUUCACUGGCCGUGUUGGUUUGGUGUCUGAUGCAGUUCACUUGACAUUUGGGUGCGGUCUUCUCACGUUUUCAUUGUUUGUUAUGGGGGCGUCUAGAAAAAAACCUGAUGGAGUUUAUACUUAUGGGUAUAAAAGACUAGAAGUCCUGUCUGCAUUUACAAAUGCUCUGUUUCUUUUGUUUAUGUCGUUCUCCCUAGCAGUUGAAGCACUUCAUGCAUUUGUACAAGAUGAAUCAGAACACAAGCAUUAUUUGAAUGUUUCUGCAGUGACCAAUUUAUUUGUGAAUCUCAUUGGCGUGUUGUUCUUUAGAAACUAUGCUCGGAUAAAUCUUGCUUACAGAAAUGCAGAAGAUAUGAAUUGCCACUCUGUUUUCCUGCAUGUUCUUACAGAUUCUAUUCGCAGUGCAGGUUUGAUUUUGGCGUCCUGGCUAUUGUCCAUCGGGGUUGAGAAUGCAGAAGUAUUGUGUUUGGGGCUUGUUUCUGUUGCAGGAUUUACUCUAGUUUUGCCUCUCUUUAGGGCCACUGGUGGUAUCUUGCUCCAAAUGGUACCUCCCAGCAUCCCAACUACUGCUUUUAGCAAAUGCUUGAGACAGAUUUCCGCUCGGGAAGAUGUACUGGAAGUAUCUCAGGCCCGGUUUUGGGAAUUGGUGCCCGGUCGUGUGGUUGGUUCACUGUCGAUGCAGGUAAAGAAAGGAGUGGAUGAUCGGCCAAUUCUAGAAUUUGUGCAUCGUCUGUACCAUGAUUUUGGUGUGCUAGACCUCACAGUGCAGAUAGAUCAUGCAUGA